UUCAUACUGUGUGUUUGUGCGCGCGGCUUCGGUAAAAGCAAUACGUUUAUAUUCGAUUUAGUGACAAAUAUGGUAUAAACGGAGCUUAAAGGUGAGGAACAUGGAAUGACAGGAACUCUAAAGCCAUUUUUGGAAACAUGGAACAUGACGGGUUUCUCAGAAGUUGAAACUGAUCGGUGGAAACAUGGCAUUAAUACAGGCCAAAGAGAUAGUUGUUGGUGUCCUGGCCUCCAUAUUUGCCAUGGUGAUGGACUGGAUCCUGGAGGGAAAAUUUUCAGUUAAACACGCGUUGUUGUUGUGUGCAGCUAGCAUGGGUACUGUGGCACUGGCAAGUGUUGUACUCGACCGAUUAAAGAUGGAGGCAAAGCGGGAUUUCAACAGCCCCGAAUCCCGAAACUGGCUCAAACAAUGGCAGGCCGUUUUUAUCACAAGGAGAGCUCUCAUUCCCUGUGUCAAGUCAGAAGCUACACGUCUGCACAACGGCAUUCUCCAGAAAGCAUCGAUAGAACAGACUUGUUCAACAGAUCAUGGUCAUGUUUCUAACCAGCUGACAAUACAUUGUCGAUUUCAUGAAAAACUUCGACAGGAAAUCAAGAUCAUACACAAAAGAACGAACCCUUCCUGGAGAAACGCUUCGACUGACACAUGGCGAGACUCUCCGUUUGCUGUCGCCAAGUUAUUCAUGCAGUCAUCUGGGUAUGAUGACAAAUCUUCGUUUGAUGAAAUCGACUUCAACGGACUAGCAGCCUGUAUGUACAAUUGCGGGCGAUUCAAACACACUUUGGAAACACUAACUGACGAGGCUCGGAAGUACGUUAACAAGAUUCGGCAUAUGCCAGACGUAUGUUCAAGUGCUCUGACAGACCAGGCCACAACAGAGUGUAUAGACAGCAUGAUUGCGGUGCUAAACGACCCAUAUUUCCAGGGAGAUCCAGAAAUACUGAAAGCAAGGAAGCAGCUUGAUGAGUUAAAAACCAGAUGUCAAGAUCCCAACCCGGACUUGCUGAAUUAUAUUAUCGAAGAUGCAGCAAUCAGAGGAGUUCAAAACGUUUUGGAUUUGGCUUCUGCCAAAGAAAGCGAAUGGAGAGACCAUGCAAAUGAGAUAAAGGAUGACAUUGAGAAACUCGGCGGUAUUGCAAUGUCUAGUUUAGGUAAACAAGAAGAAAGCGCCAUUAACGAUAUUAAGCAAACUUUUGAAGAUGCCCUUGCUAAGAUGGAUUCGUGUAUAGACAAUGCUAAUAAAAGUAUGAUUGAGACAACCGAAGAAAGCAUAUUUUCACUGAAAAACUCUGCUCAGUCCGAAAAACUAAAACUCGAAGAAGCAACUAUGCAUGGUAUUCGUGAACAACAAGAAACCACUUUAGAUGGAAAACGGGAACUUAAUUUAACGGCUAAAAAAGAAAAACGUAAGUUCAAGAAAACAUGCGAGAGCGCAACAAAAAACAUCAAAGAAAUAGCUAAGAGCGAAAGCAACAAACUGACCAGAGGUGAAGGUGAAGAACAAAGGAAGUCCAAAUUAACAAAAGCAAAGUCAGAUUUAAAGAAACUGUUACUCAACCAUUACCAAGAAACUUCUGUCAGAAUUAACGUCCGAUUGGAUAUCGAUGCUGCUGUAGAAGACAUUUAUGAAAAACCCAAACUUCUACUGAAGAACAAGAAAGACAAAGAUGGUAAUAUAAAAGAUGAAGAGAUAUCAGAAAUUCACCAGAUGUUUCUAAGCGACAAUGACACGAUGGUUAAAACAGUUUUCGUGGAGGGCGAACCAGGAUAUGGCAAAUCGAUAUUAUGUAAAAAGAUUGUCCACAGUUGGUGCAAAUUUAAACAUGGUGUAAAUGAGGAGAAAAGAAAAGACAACCCGUUAAGUCAGUUUGAGUUCUUAUUCUAUGUAAAGCUUCGAGAAUUUGAAGAUCAAUGUAAAAUCAAAGAUAUUAUAUUUCAGUUUAUAAUUGAACAGAUUCAGUCAGAAUAUACAGGAUUAAACGAACUGUUAACAGAUGUUUUGAGAUCAGACCAUUGUCUUCUGUUGCUUGAUGGUUUAGAUGAGUGGAAACAUUGUAGCGAAUGUAAGCGUAUUGAACGAAUCCCUCACGUUGAAACAUGUUGGGUGAACUGCACAACAUUCAUAACGACACGACCAUACAAACUAGCUGAGCUGAAAUUGAAUCGCUCUCAAUUAGGAAAUCAUGUGCAGUUGCAAGGACUUCAGUUACCUACGGAACUUGUUCGGAAAAUACUUGUGGAGUUAGAUAAAGAUCAAGUAGAAAUAAGUUCAGAAACCUGCGUUAAAGACCUUGACAAAAAAGGGCUGUGGCAUUUCCGCGAUGUUCCAAUCGUGCUGGUUAACAUUGUAUGGCUCUGGUUCAGAAACAAACUUCAGGAUAACAUGUCUCUGUCUGAAGUUUUCAGGGUAAUAAUAGAUGAACGGUGGUAUGAAAUGUGCGAAAAGAAAAACAUAGAGGCGGAGGAACCUCCGAUUAAGUUUCUUAAUUCUGUGAGUGAAUUGGCAUUUCAUCAAUUGUUUUCUGCAAGUAAAGACGAAUCAAUUGUAUUUCAAAUCAAAGGGGACCAGUACGAUUAUAUUAGAGACUCUCUUGAAUCUGGUAUCAUGUCUUGCAGUAAAAAAUCAGGUGAAAGAUCAGCGUAUUAUCAAUUUCUGCACAAAACACUUCAGGAAUACUUUGCAGCAUUGUAUUUAGCGAAACACACUUCUGAUUUGUCCAGAGAUAUACAACACAUUCUGAACGUGUAUAUGGAUAACAGAAAAGAGGAUGUCUUCAGCUUGGGUCAGAUGUUCAAGUUUCUCUGCGGCCUGAGUGUACAUGCUGCUGAACAGUUUUCAAAGAUAUUGAAUGAGCUGUUUACUGAAUACUGUGAAAGAGGCAGUUAUUCCAUGGAGAUCGCAACAACAUUUCAAGACAUGAUAUAUCGUGGCUACGAGGAGGCAGGUAGAAGCGGGCACUCCGGAAUGGACCUAUAUCUGCAGCAUAUCGCCCUCGCUGGAGGUAGUCCAUUCAUCCAUCAAGAUUUAAAAGCAGAAAAAAAGACAAUGUUGAAGCCCUACUUGGAUGAAAGAAAAUCAACUCUUGCGUCAUUACUUAUAGAGGGGGAAAAAGACCUCUGUUCUGUCCUUCAAUACAAAGAAGAUCCAAGUGUGUUAGAUCUAGGUAUGUGCAAGAAUCUAAAAUUUAUUGCAUUAACCGAACUUAAAUUUACAGAUAUCAAACAGCUGCAUUUGAACGGACUAUUAGAAUGCGAAAUAACAUUUAGGAAAUUCCAACCAGCAAAUUUACUAGUGUCGUCAUUGCUGCUCUCAGAUUUAACAUCUCUGAAAACACUCACAUUAGGGGAUUUUGAUUGGGAAAGUAAAGUUAAGGAAAUCGUUGCAAAACUAGAAAAUAUUCAACAACUUCACCUCGAAUGGAGCGGAAAUAGACCACUUAAUGAUUUACAAUUCGACCUUGGGCAUCUCGAAAACCUCAAACAACUCACCUUAUACAAACUUGCUUGCUCUGACGUAGUGAUUUCACCAAAGCUGAAACUCAACACGUUAAUAGUCAAGUUCAGUACACUGCAAAAAGCACCACAGUUGAUUGCGGCAUUACUUGCACAACACGAUUAUUUACGUAGCUCAAAUCAGGAUAGGCCACUUUCUUACCUAACGGAAGUUAUUUUGGGGAACAUACUGAUGUCAGCAGGAGUGUUUAGACGUAUCAUUAGUAUGGCGAUACAGUCGGGAGAUUAUGUGAGUUAUGAUUUAGAGAAUUGUACAAUAGAACCUGAGGAGGACGAGAUGCAGCAAGAGGUGGACAUAGAGAACCGGCCCGCAUUCCAGAUUGAAGCUCCGGAUCCCUUCUCCACUGACGACCAUCCAUACAUUACAUUAGAGAGAAUGACCAUGUCAGCAGGAGAGUUAAGACGUCUCAUUAGUAUGGUGAUACACUCGGGACUUGCUUUGCACUGUGAGAUAGUGUACUGUACAAUAACGCCUGAGGAGGACGAGAGGCAGCUGACGAUGGACAUAAAGACCCAGCCCGCUCUCCAAAUGGUGGGUCUACGUCCCUCUUUCACCGACAUCACACAACACAUUAAAUUCGUUGGUAUGUCUAUGCCAAUAGGAAUGCUCAUAAGUAUCUUUAGUAUGAUGAAUCAGUCGCAAAAUACUGUGAAAUUUGAGUUAGUGGACACUUAUACAGAAGAGCCUGAUGAGGACGUGAGAGAGCUACAGGUGGACAUAGAGAAUCAGCCCGCUUUCAACUUGAGGGAGAUUAAUCAAUCUGGCCUCUGGCCAAUUACAUUAACAUUCAAUGCAAAACGGGGCCGACAUAGGGAAGAAAGCCAAGAUGAUACCCUUUAAGUAAAUAUUAACUACUUUAAGACGUCUCGCAUGGAAGGAAUUAAUGUGGAACGAACAAUGACUUUUUCACAGUUGAUGAUUUACACCAGCAGGUAUAAUAACUGGUGUAGCAUUCAAAUCCAAGGAGCUAUGUUCUACAAAAGUUCAUAGUCGACGGCUUAAACCUGUGAGAAAAAGUAACUGAAACGUGAUUCGUGAGUUCCUUAUAGUUCUAAACAAGUUCAUUGUAAAACGUAACAACCUGCAUUUAAUAAAUGGACUUAAAGGCAAGUGAAAUUGCUGUAUUAUGAAAAAUAUAUUGAUGUUUAAGAUUUUAUUUAUUUUCACGGUGAUCAUAUUGAUUGCAAAGUUUACAGUUUCUGUAUAAAACCAGUCAGAUUGUUUUGUGUAUACCUUGCACAUUUUAGUGAUUUCAGAGUACAUCAUUACUGUAAAUGAAGUUCCAUUUGUUUGUAUACGCCUUGCACAUUAUAGUGUUUUCAAAGUACGUAAUUGCUGUAAAUGGAGUUCCAUUUGUUUGUGUAUACCUUUCACAUCAUAGUGAUUUCAGAUUACAUCAUUGAGUUUCAUUUGUGUAUACCUUGUAAUACUGUAAAUGUGGUUUCAUUGUUUUGUAUACACCUUGCACAUUAUAGUGAUUUCAGUACUCAUUUAUACUGUAAAUAGAGUUCCAUCUGUAUGUAUAAACCUCGCAGGUAAUACAUGUAGUGAUUUCAGAGUGCAUAAUAACUUAAAUAUAGUUUCAUCUGUUUGUAUAAACCUCGCCGGUUAUAGUGAUUUCAGAGUACACAUUAACUUGAAUAUAGUUUCAUCUGGUUGUAUAAACCUAGCAGGUUAUAGUGAUUUCAGAGUACACAUUAACUUAAAUAUAGUUUCAUCUGGUUGUAUAAACCUAGCAGGUUAUAGUGAUUUCAGAUUACACAUUAACUUAAAUAUAGUUUCAUCUGGUUGUAUAAACCUCGCAGGUUAUAGUGAUUUCAGUGCGCAUCGUUAUAGUACCUAGAGUUUUAUUUGUUCGCAUUCAUAUGUAUGUUGUGUAAGUUAAAGUGAUUCGUUCAUGACUGAUAGGAGCGGAUAUCGAAUAGAAUCGGGUGAAAUGUUAUUCAAACGUUGCUAACAGGAAUUUUCUUGUAAACAUUUAUUAAUAAUGAGACUUAAAUUGGUCAUUAUUGGCCGGCAAUUUUUUUCAUUAUUUUCGGCAUGAAUAAACACAAUUUUACAAAGUAUUAAAGUAGAAUAACUGUAUUUCAGCAAAGAUUUAUAAACUCGUUGCCAGCAUCAAGUCUGUGAGUGAGUCCCGUUAAAGUGAUUAUUACUGUUUAUCUUUUUUUUGUGUGUAGCUAUUUUCUAUACGUUAUGGUGGUUUCAGAAUACAUUCAAAUAAAUAUAAUUUCAUUUGACGAUUUGUAAAUAUGUUAUGUGCAUUAAAGUGAUUUGUCUGGUA